UAGGUCGUAGCUAGGGUUUCUUUACAAAUAUGAACUCAUCCGGAAGCGAAAACAUGGAGAAGGAAACUCAAAGCGGAAAUCAAAACUCGAACCGACCCGAUGCUUCUUCUCCUCCCCCGCCGUCUUCUCCUCCCUCUUCCUCUAAGAGCACGUGCGCGAUUUGCUUGGAUGAGAUUAAAAAGGACGACGGGAAGGCUCUAUUUACUGCAGAGUGCUCUCACUCGUUUCAUUUUGAUUGUAUAACCUCAAACGUGAAACACGGAAACAGGAUCUGCCCUUUAUGCAGAGUUCGAUGGACACAAGUCCCUUUGUUUCAUGGUUACCACCCUGUCCCUAUCUUUCCGGCUCAAGGGGGUUUUGAAGAUGAUGAGCCUUUACCUCACGGAGAGACACAAAUCCAGAGUGCUGCUCAUCGUUCAGAUCAUCCAGCCGUCGAGAUUAAACUCUUCCCUGAAGUCUCUGCGCUGGCCAGACCGGUCAGUCGUGGCGAUUUUGCUGCUCUGGUUCAUCUUAAGGCUGAGGGUGUGAGCGAUGAUGAAAGGCGCACUCGUGCUCCCUUGGACCUCAUUGCGGUUCUUGAUGUGAGUGGUAGCAUGCACGGAGUAAAAUUAGAGCUUAUGAAAACGGCAAUGGGUUUUGUGAUUCAGAAUCUUGGUGAGACUGAUAGGCUCUCUGUAAUUUCCUUCUCCUCCACGGCUCGUCGACUAUUCCCUCUUAGACUGAUGUCUGAGACAGGGAAGCAAGCGGCGAUGCAAGCUGUUAACUCCUUGGCUGCUGGCGGCGGGACAAACAUUGCAGAGGGGCUCAAGAUUGGUGCAAGAGUCAUUGAGGGUAGGCGGUGGAAGAACCCUGUUUCUGGAAUGAUUCUUUUGUCCGACGGACAGGACAAUCAUACUCUUUCUCAUUCUAGGGUCCGUCAGAGAGUGAGAGCUGAUUACGAGUCUUUGCUUCCGAGUUCUUGCCGGAUCCCAAUUCAUACCUUUGGGUUCGGCUCAGAUCACGAUGCUCAGCUAAUGCACACAAUUUCAGCAGUCUCUAGAGGCACGUUUUCGUUCAUCGAAGCAGAGAAUGUGAUUCAGGAUGCUUUUGCGCAGUGUAUCGGAGGGCUUCUCAGCGUAGUGAUUCUUGAACAAGCUGUUGAAAUCGAAUGCGUUCAUGAGCAGGGCCUGAAAAUAUCCUCUAUAAAAGCAGGAAGCUACAGGAGCCGCAUUGCAUCAGAUGGGAGAAGCGCCACGAUCGAUGUUGGAGACAUGUACGCAGAAGAACAAAGGGACUUCGUGGUGAUUCUUGGAAUCCCCUGCUGCGACAAUGCAUCUGCUGAAUCCGAAUCUAUGUCGUUGCUGAAGGUCAGAUGCGUCUACAAAGAUCCUGUUACGGAAGGGAUAGUCCGCGUGGAAUCUGGAGAACUAAGCAUCCAAAGGCCAAUGGAGCUAACAGGAGAGGAAGCAGUGGUGUCCAUUGAGGUUGACAGGGAACUGAACAGGUUCCUUGUUGCAGAAGCCAUGUCAGAGGCUAGGGUUUUAGCAGAUGGGGGUAAUCUGAGCGCGGCAGUAGAGAUUCUAAAACACCGAGCGGAAGAAUUAUCCAAGACAGCGUCAGCUCGGUCUGGUGAUAGUCUUUGUCAAACACUGUCGGCGGAGCUAAACACUUUGCAAGAAAGGAUGGCGAGCCGGAAUGUGUACGAAGGAUCAGGGAGAGCGUACAUGUACUCGAGCAUGAGUUCUCUCUCGGCUCAAAGAGAAACGACUCGUGGGAUGGUUGUAGGUUGUUGUGCGACUCGCAGGCGUGGCGGGGGUUACGGGGGUUAUCAGACGAGUUCAAUGGCUCGUAUGGUUAGUAAGUCUCAGAAUCAGAGAAAUCAAAAUCCCUGAACCCGUCUGCUUGCUGGUGGAGACGACGAAAAAUAGGGUUUUGUGAUUGUUUGGUCUUGCGCUGAGUUGGUUUUUUUUUUUUUUUUUGGUUGGUAGGAUAAAAUUGAGUUGGUUUUAUUUAGUCUGGACAUGCUUUUUCUUUAAAGCAGCCAGCAAUUAUG